AUGUCUGAUAAAAGCGUUAAAAAAGUUGAAACUGCGGAAAAUGAUAGUAUUAUUCAUAAAGCACCUGAUAUAAUUCUUGCUUUUGUGUGCCUUGCUACAUAUUUUCUUGAGACAGAACUAAGUUUCAUAUCACUUUACUUCUUAGAAACAUUGCACAUUCCACACAUUCAUCUGGGAAUAUACAACUCUAAACUAAAUUGUUAUCGCAGUAUAUUUAUAAUACUGGGUUGUUUGACGGAAUAUGGUAUUUACAAAAUAUGUGAUAGAUUUAAACUAGAAAAGAAAUAUCAAUCUUAUAGAGAAUGCUUAAUUAGUAGAACGGAAACAAUUGAUCACUUUUUAAUGGUUAAAGCCCAUUUCUGGAUUUGCACAAUACUUUCAAUUACGUCACUGAUCUUAUGGCCCCUAUAUCUCUAUCAUUAUCAUGAACCAUCCAAACAAUACGACCAAUAUAUAUUCUUUGUUAAAACUAAAAUAAAUAGUUUGGUUUCAGUGUUAAAAGAAAGUGUACAAAUAAUAGGGGUUGUUAAUAAAAAACUGGAUGAUAUGGAUAAACUCAAAUCAGAUGGAAAAGAUGAAAUUAAUGAAGAAACUACUAUAUCGAGUGAACAAAAAGAUCCGUAUACUGAGAUUGAUUCAACUGGGACUGAAAAACCAGAUACUGUUGAUGAAAUUAAUGAUAAAACAAUACAAAAAAGAGAAUUAAAAGAUUCAAGAACUGAUAAUGAUUUAAUUACGACUGAAAAUGGAAACCCCAAUGAUAGAGAUAAAUUUAAAAAUGAGGUAAUUACACUGUUGAACAGAAUAAAUUAUUCCAAAAUGACAUCUGAUAUAACAAAAACCAAGGAUAAAAUCGAUGAAAUGGUGAGUUAUUACAACAAAAACGUGGAAAUGAGUUUGUUACUAAAUAAAGAGAUACACUCACUAAUUAAAUUGAGUAAUGAUAUAAAAAUUUUAAAAUCGGAAAUAGAUAAAGUAAAGGAUCAAUUGUUUGAAAAAAUUCAAGUUUUAAAGCAAAAAUUAAAUGAAUUAAAGACAAAAAUAAAUAGUUUAAUAUAUAGAACAAAUGAAUUAGAUGGAGAAAUCAAAAAGAUUGUACAUAAUAACUUUUUAUGGACGCUCUCUCCGUUUUUAAUGAUUAUACCUACUACACUAAUAUAUCAUUUCCUAUUUGAUGGAACACUCCCUCAUGGCGUUUUAAAUGACGAAGACUCAAAACACAACGUAAUCUUAACAUCAACAGCUCAUUUUAUUGGUACAAUACCUGCAUUUUGUAUGGCUUCAAAAGGUUUGUCAUACAGAUUUUGGACUUGGCAACACUCGCUUUUUUGGGUUGCAUUAGUCCCAGAAAUCAUUGUGUUUGUCUUUUCUAUUCUAGCUAUACAAUCUAAAAUAUUUUUUUUCAAAUCAUUUAUUGAUUCGACCCCAAAAAUUGGAAUAAUGACUUCAGUUUUAGGCUUUUGUCACGGCCUAAUGGAGUCAACCAGUUUUGUAUCAGUUUCAAACCACGUUCAUUUUCAUUCGGCACACCCUGAUGAUUUUUAUCUUGUAUUAAUUAAUAUCAUUUUACAAACAUAUCUCAAAAUUAUUGCUUUAAAGCUGUCUGCAAGUUACAAUGAAGCUAGAAUUAGUUUGGGAUAUCACCUUCCAGAGUUCUACACAUUUCUAGAUGUGCAGCCCCUAGAAGGCUUCAAAUUAACAUUGAAAGAAACAUUUAGACGUUUCCUUUACGAUCUUUUAUUUGAUAUUAGAGUUAAUAUAAACCAAUUCAUAUAA